UGUUUGUACGCCUGCGCGUAUUUUUACUUUUGAACAAGAUGGAAUCGCCAAACUCGACGACGAACCAGCACUCGCUCACGAACAAUUUGGUAACGGUGCCGAUUCCGAUCCUCCCGUCGGAGGGAACCUAUGCGUACGUGUUCGUGAAGGGAUCGCUGUAUGCCCGGGACAGCUCGAUCUUUGGCUGCUCCACGGACGAAGUGCAGGCCCUAUCGAAACGCUUUCAGAUUAGUUCGAUUCCCAUCGACAACGGUGUGGUCAUCAAGGUGGCUCCCUCGCUGAUCAUCAACUCGCUGGCCCAGUUGGGCUACAAAGUCAUCUCGAGUACCGGCGAGGCCGAAGUCGUAUGGACACUGCAGCGUGAGCUGUAGAGCACCAGAGAUUGUUCUGUAUAGUUGAAUUGUUUGAAAAACACGCAAAAGCUUUUAUCAAGUGACCACUUUAGCCGUUAAACCCGUUAUUUUAAGCCACCAAGCAACACUGGAGCCAUUCAACUGGUAUUCCUCCUGCGCGCAAUAACAGCCUUUCCUGUACAAAAAAAACGUAGUUUUGUGUAACAUCUCUACAUAUACCUAUGUAUCUACCUAUUAGUGUGUUGUGUGAAUUCUUCGCAUCCAGCUAUUUUGCGCCGUCACCUUGUGCCUAAUUUCGACCUUGUUACCUAUUUUCAUCCCAAAACGAAGCCCACGCCGCCAUCGACGACGACGACCAACGGAGUCAAAGCCCACAAGCAACACAAUGGCCACAGCGGAUCAGCAUCAUCUCCACCACAACCAGCAGCACGGCGAUCAUCAGUGCAACUGCAGUAAAAGUACGACCGCGUCGCAAUCGCUGGAUGAGCUGGAGUUUGAACGGGGGAUUUGGACAGCCGGUAGCAAUUGAUAACGAUGAGAGUAAGCUACGAUCACUGAUCGAUCGAGGACAACUACACGCAAAAGAUAACUCGGGAUAUACGGCUCUACACUACGCUGCCCGGAGUGGUCACCUUUCAAUCUGCCGAAUACUGCUCGACGCCGGCAUAAGCAUUGACGAACAAACGCAUGGCGGAGUGACGGCACUGCAUCGGGCCGCAAUGAUGGGCCACAUCGACAUCGUCAAUCUCCUGCUGGCGCGAAAAGCCAACCCAUCCGUGCAGGACAGUGAUGGCAAAACCGCUCUCCAUCGGGCAGCGGAAAAAUCCCACCUCGAAGUGUGCCGCAGCUUACUCCAGCGUGAUGGUUCCAAUCUGGCGACGAUUCGCGACUGCAAAGGAAAAGUCCCCCUCGAACUAGUGCCAGAACGAUCGUCCCAACGAAUUGAGCUGCUCGAACUGUUCAACAACGUGCUGUAGUGGGCUGUAAACUCCGGGUUCAUCUUCUGCUCGAAAAAUCAAACUGAAACAAGUCUCGAACCCUUAGUUCUUUCAGUGUGCGAAGUGCUUGAAGGUAUCGUUAAAUUUUACGUAAGUACAUUGAGUUGUAAUC